AUGGCUUUUUCUUUUCGCCACACCUACUUAUUUCAGAAAAAUUACGACAGGCGAAUUAAUUAUGUGACUUCACUAAUCACAUAUUCUUUCUUAAUUAGGAUACAUCAAAAUGAAGAAAAACCCCAAAGCACACUCCGAGGGGGGAAAUUGUAUCCUGAGCAAAGCUGUGGGGUUGUACAAGAAGAUCUAGAAGCCUAUUAUUCUGCUACUCCCAAAGAUGACACAUUACUCAAUGAUAUUCCAAAAGUGGACAAAAUAACUCAAGAGACUGCAACAUGCUUUGAAACCAUUGUAAAGGCAGUGGAGCAAAAUGGAAUGAAAAAUGAAAAAAAUGCUUAUGUAGAUAGCCAUCCUGAGAUCACAGGUCUAGAAGAAUAUAUUUCUUUUGUGUGCCCAGUUUUAUCUACUGAACCUCUUACUAGUGAACUAUCAGAGGAGCUGCCAGUAAACCCUGUUCAGUCACAGUCCACUCUGCUUUGCCAAUCUGAGUCAAUUGCUCUAGAUCAUGAGCAGUCCGUCACAGGUUUAGAAGAAGAAAUUCUUCCAGAGGGCCCUGUUGCUAAUACUGAACCUGACACAAGUGCAUUAGCAGAGGAGCUACCAGUAAAUCCUGAUCCAUCACAGUUUACUUUAGUUUCUCAUGAGGCUACAAAUCUAGCAUCUAGGCAGUCAGUCACAGGACUAGAAGAGGAUAUUCCUCUAGAAUGCCCACUUCAUCCUCCCCAGCCUUUGACUAAGGAAUUGUCCCAGGAAUUGCCAGUAAAUUCUACCAGUCUGGUUUAUCAUACUGAACCUACUUUUGAUUCCACCAAUUUUUCUGCAGGUAAAGUGCUAAUAACAAAUAAAAAGGGACCCACUGGGCAGAAGUAUACUAAAAAAAAAGUCAUCCAGCCUGAAGUACAUGUGAGCUCUGUCAUUAAACCUGAAGAGCAAUCUGUGCCAGUUAUUAAGCCUGCUCAGGAAAAAGAAGGUGAACCACCUGCUAAAACUAAAAAUGUAUACCCAGAGCAGACCACAGAGAGCCAAGCGCAAACUGCUGAGGCUGUACCUCAAACAAACCCAAAUAUCAAAAUAGGACAAAUAGCAAGGAUAUGCUACAGCCGUAACUUUCUGCUCAGUUUUCGGAUUAUAAAACAGAAGCCACCUAGCCUUCCAGAUAUACCUGACAUACAACUACAUACAACUAAGAAAACCCAACUGCAACCACUGGAUUCGUCACAACAGGCUAGUUGCAAUGUUUCACACCCAACUGCAAGAUUCUGCCGCCCUGUUAGGGCUAAACCUAGAUUUCUGGAUGGACUGAGUCCAAGAAGGUCCCAGCAAGAACCUCGCAAAAUAAUAUUAAAUCAGAACAUUCACCUACGUAAAGCUGAAAAUGCUUGGAAACCGGCUAUGAGAAGAACAAAUGAAAAUGCCACUAGUGUCCAGGCUCAGGAAUUGUUCUGCAAAGUGCGCGGUAUCCUGAAUAAGGUGACUCCUGAGACAUUUCAACAACUAACCAACCAAGUGGCAGACCUCUCUGUACACACAGAAUAUCAGCUCAAAGGUGUAAUUGAACUACUAUUUGAAAAAUCAAUAUCUGAACCAAAUUAUUCAUCUAUAUAUGCCAACAUGUGCCACUGUCUAAUGAGGCUGGAAGUUCCAACAGAAAGAAAUCCUAAAAUUAGUAUUAACUUCCGCAGGUUGCUGCUAAAUCUUUGCCAGGAAGAGUUUGAAAAAGGUGAAGAUGGUGACGAGCGAAUUCAAAAACUACAGACGACACUGGAAACGGCUACAUCACCUACAGAAAAGGCUCAAGUAAAGGAGGAAUUGACCAACGCUCGUAAUAAAGCACGCAAGCGCGCUCUAGGGAACAUCACAUUGAUUGGGGAACUAUUUAAACUGAAAAUGCUCUCAAAAAACAUCAUACAUGACUGCCUUACCAAACUUCUGAAUAGGCAAAGUGAGGAAUCAAUGGAGAGCUUCUGUCGUUUGCUAACAUCAGUUGGAAAACACCUGGAACGUGGACUGCCUCUUAUGGAUGACCAUUUUAGCAGUAUUGAUAAACUCAUCAAAAGCAGGAAAACAUCUCCCCGAAUUAGAUUCAUGAUGCAAGAUGUGGUGGAUUUGAGGAUUAACAACUGGGUGCCUCGCCGUGAAAAUCUGGGUCCAAAAACAAUAGCUCAGAUUCAUAAAGAAGCAGAAUUGGAUAGACAGAAACAUGCAGAGAAAAAUUAA